UGAACUUUACGACGGGCAAUAGUUUGCGUGUGUCUCUCCAUCGAUCGAGAUUCGCCGUAUUGGUGUCAGUUGGAUGUUUGAGUUUCAGUUAGUUGGUAUUGCACAUACAUAUCACCCCUUCCAGCGCCGAAGGAUGGAUCCAAACCGGAAUUCUUAUAAGUGCUGGGCCUUUUUGUUGUUUUUACUCGUCGUCGAGUCGGCCGUCGUUAACGGAAAAGCGGAUGCAUCGAAUUCCGGACUUCCGGUAGCUUUCGACACUGUUCCGCUUGGCGAUUUUCACAUCCGCACCUACGAGAAGGAACUUGGUUCUUUGAAUCGAUUCUACUUCGCCCCGUUGGCUCUGCUGGAGCACACGAGUGCCUCUAGCGGCCGUAAUAACUUGACCGGCGAAAAUCAGCUGGCCUUCCGCGUCGAGAUGUGGACGGAAGAGCUGGUCCACGUCGUCAAAGAGCAUCUGAGCAACGUGACUGGGCUGGACGUGGCCGAGAACAAAGUGAGCGUGUUGCCGUUCGAAAAAGUUUCGAUGCGCUGCCGACGGUGCGGCAGCAGCGGGACGGGCCGGCCCGAUAGCCACUGGCGAUCCUUUUCGCACGGACCCAAACAGAUGCAAUUCCGGCUGGUCUGCCCCACCUUGGAAGAGUGUCGAGAUCUCGGCCAACAAAUGAUUCACCAUCCGGAGCAGUUCUCCUCGCAGCUGACGCUCUACUUCCGAUUUGAUCAUAAAAGUUUGACGUCCGGGGGCUCCUUGAGACGCAAGUCCGCCUCCGUGUCCGGCGAGCACGUUUGGAACGGGCCAAUUAUGGCGGAUUUGAAUAGGAGAUUUUCCAACUCUUCAUUCGCUUUGGUGACCGCCCAGGAUCGCGCCAGGAUCGUUUCCGAAGCUCUGGAAAAUGUUCUGACGGAUGUCGAGGUGUUGGAGGAUUCCGACAAUCUCGGACUGGAACCCGAGGACGAAACGCGUUUGCGCAGGAUUUUGGAGAAUCUCAUCUUUGAAAAUCACAUCAUUCCGCUGGAGGAAGAUGACGAAUCUUCGUGGAAUUCGCUCUACUGGGACUACGAGAACGCCGGAUCGGAUGUGAGGCCGGACGUCAUGGCCCGGAAACUCAACAAAAUUUACCAGAACGCGGAUGAGAAGGAGCGCAAGUGGAUGGUUCAACAAGUGAUGCAGGAUGAGCCUUCCGGCCUGAUGGCGUCGGCGAAAAAUGUCGUCAGUGAUGAGACACUUCGGGCUCUGACGAACGUCUUCCAAACUUCGCCAUCACGUCUUUCGAGUAGGCUGGAAGAAAGCAGAAGAACUAUCCAGUGGGAGAGAAAUCAUUUCGCUCCCAGGCUGACGAAAUUGUACCGAAUCAAUUUGGACAAGCUGCGCAACAGUUUCAAGCCCGUGCGGAAUAUUCCCAUCAAAUAUUCGGUCGUCGACUUGAAAUUGGAUCUAAACGUUCAACCGACAAUGUCGCGAAUCAAUUUCGACAGAAAACCUCAAAUUCCUAAAUCCACAGGAAAUGAGGAAAUUCAAGAGCUAUCGCAACCAGCGCCUACAAGUGACCCAACAGGAAAUGAGGCCGGCCCUGGAAUAUUUCAAGGUCUGUUCCAAACAAUUCGCGGGGCCAUCACCGGCGGAGGCAUAGAGACUGCUCCCUACACCGUUCUGAGAAAAGAAAAGGAAUAUGAGGAGAGGCUUUAUCCAGCUCAGAAAUGGGUGAAGACCCAAACAGAGAGCAUCUCGAAAGAUUCUGCUUCUUCUGCCAUGUUCUGGAAGCUGUUCAACUACAUUUCAGGCCAGAAUGAUAAGAAAACCAAAGUUCCCAUGACUGCUCCAGUCUCUGUUUUCAUUGAACCUGGAUCUGGUCCCAACUGCGAAAGCACUUUCACUAUGGCAUUCUAUGUUCCGGCUGCUUUUCAAGAUGACACACCACAACCCACAGAAAGUGAUGUGACGAUUGAAGAACGUCCAGAGUUCAAGGUUCUAGCAAGAACUUAUGGGGGCUUUUCCAACGACCGCGUCACACAACAGGAACGUCAAAACCUGUUUGAUUCUCUGGCUGAAGAGGAUAAACAAUUAGUCAACCAAACCGGACCAUAUUAUUACGCUGGAUACGAUCCCCCAUUCAAACUUUUUUAUCGCCGCAACGAAGUAUGGAUGAUUCCCCAAUCUGAAUUGAACUUGCCUCUUGAUGCAGAAUCCCAACAGCACACAACUGUCGCAAAGCCCAUCAGCUCUUGCGACGAGAAAAAUGAAUCGGACAAUUGAAGCAAUUCCAAAAACUAUUCAAAAUUUAAAAUUCUCUUAAAAAAUUUCGUUCAUUCUUUUCCGAUCUUUGCAAAAAUUCAAUCUGGCUGGUUUUUGAGUAAUGGUGUGUCCAAUACUAUAUACGAUACACAAUUGUCGCUUUCAUACGACAAAAUAAAUAAAGGGUUUCUGAAAAUUA